AUGGCUUGUAAGUUUGAAGAUGGGUUAAAUGAAGACAUCAAGCUUUUAGUCGAGAUUCUUGAACUGAAAGAAUUUGUUGUGUUACUGUAUAGAGCACACAAAGCCGAAGAGCUUAGCAAAGAAAAGAGAAGAGCCGAUUCUAAGGCUAGAGAUUUGAGAAAGAGGUUAAUGGGUAAAUCAUAUCAUUUUUCAUCUAAGAAAUCAAAGGAUUUUCAUAACCGUUUGACCGCUUUAGUGGGGUUGCCUAAGAAAGACAAACUUCCAACUGCUCGAUCGAGCAAUACAGCUGCAAGAGGGAGACCACCUCAAAAUACUGGAAAUGUGAGUGGUAUUAGAGGUGCAACAAGGGAUUCUACUAUGAGAUUCGAGGCACGGGCGCUAGCCAGAGCUUACGCUAUUCGCGCUCGCGAAGAUGCAUCGGCGCCAGAUAUUAUCACUGGUACUGUUUCUCUUUAUAACACUGAUGUAACUGCAUUGAUUGAUCCUGGAUCAACCCAUUCUUAUAUCUGUACAAAUUUAGUGUCUAGUAAGAGUUUACCUGUCGGUUCCACUAAAUUUGUGGUUAAGGUAUCGAACCCCUUAGGUCAGUAUGUUCUAAUUGAUAAAGUAUGCAAGAAUUGUCCUUUGAUGACUCAAGGUUACAAUUUUUUGAUCGAUUUGAUGCUUUUACCAUUUUAUGAGUUUGAUGUGAUAUUGGGUAUGGAUUGGCUAACUUUGCAUGAUACGGUUGUGAAUUAUAGACGAAAGAUUAUUGUGUUAAAAUGUCAGGACGGUGAGACUCUACGUAUUGAAUUUGAUGAUUCGAGAGGGUUGCCUAAGGUGAUAUUGGCUAUGUUAGCGCAUGUGAGAAAAUAUUGUGAUGCUUAUCUUGCAUAUGUAUUAGAUACAAAGGUGUCUGAGUUGAUGAUUGAAUCAGUGCCAGUGGUUUGUGAAUAUCCAGAUGUGUUUCUAGAAGAGUUACCCGGGUUGCCACCGAUCAGAAAAGUUGAAUUUGCUAUUGAGCUAGUAUCGGGAACAUCAUCGAUAUUGAUAGCUCUCAAAGGCGAGUUUUGGCUCCAAGAAGUUGGAUUUUUGGGACACAUUGUUUCGGCGGAUGGCAUCAGAGUGGAUUCGAGUAAGAUUUCUGCAAUUGUUGAUUGGAAACCACCGAGAAACAUAUCCGAGAAAGAUCUGAAUCUAAGACAGCGUAGAUGGCUUGAAUUGUUAAAAGAUUAUGAUUUAGUGAUUGAUUAUCACCCGGCAAAAGUGAAUGCAGUCGCGGACACUUUGAGUAGAAAAUCCUUGUUUGCCUUGAAAGUGAUGAAUACGCAAUUGACUUUGCCAGAUGAUGGAUCGAUCUUAGCUGAGUUAAAAGUUAAAUCGAUGUUUUUACAACAAAUUUGCGAGGCUUAG